GCUCAUUAUCUUAUUAUUCGUACUCAUUAGGACGCGUAGCAUAAGCAGUGGAAGCAAAGGAAAAAAAAAAAUGGCAAAGAGAGCUUCAUUUUCUACUACAUCAAUCAAUGGUGAAACAACUAAUACAACGCCAAACAGAAAAAUUACGUUGAGGAUAAAAUCAUCACAAAAUUCCAUGAGAAAAUCGAGGGAUGAAGAAGAAGGUGAGAAAGAAGCAAGACCCAGUUCAUCAAAGAGGUCAAAAUCGUCUUUAAAGAAGAAGAAAAUUGAUCCCAAUAAACCCAAGAAGCCACCUACUGCAUUCUUCUUCUUCUUGGAAGACUUCAGAAGAGGAUAUCAGGAAGAGAAUCCAGAGGUUAAAUCUAUGCGUGAUAUUGGAAAAGCUUGUGGAGAGAAAUGGAAGAUUAUGACUUAUGAGGAAAAAGUGAAGUACUAUGAUAUAGCAACUGAAAAACGAGCUACAUUUGACAAGGCAAUGGCAGAAUACAUCAGAAGAAAGGAGAGUGGUGAGGGUGCAGAAUAUGAGGAUUCAGAAUCAGAGUUCGAUCUUGAAUAACAAAUCGUGGAAGUGAAAAGUCAGAUAAUAGGCACAGGAGCAGUAAAUUGGUGCCAAAUAUGUCAGAAUGUCAGGUGAGGUUGGUAAGCUAGGAAGAAAAAUUGUACAUUGACUUGUAAGCGGUUAGUGAAGAUCUGUCUGUUGGAUAUGUAUAUGAUUUUUGUGCUGAUUAUUAUUUUGUAUUAAUCAGAACAAAUGGUGUGAUGUGGUUAUGUAGUUGGGACAUGUCAUUGAUGAGUAAAAACUAAAAAGCUCUUGGGUGACCAAUAUUUCCUUGCUUAUUCAUGUCUUGAACCAUUUUUUAUGAUUUGAUGAUCAAGAUUCGAAUAUUUGAUCUUGUUCUGAA